AUUGGCCAAUUUCCUGGCUCCGCCACUCACUCCGGUCCUCGUAGCUGAUUAUUCCUCCACCGCCGACCUCAAGCACUUCCCUCGUGAUCAUAAUCGCCAUUAAUUACUCGAGAAUUAUUACUUGUAGAGUACUGUUCGAACUGUCUUUCUCCAUUUAUUUAAGGAAACAGAGCUGGGAGAGACAGAGAGACUAGAAGUCUGCAACUAACUAGCAUUAUUUUGUAAUUUGAGAUAUUUAACAAUGACUGAGGAACGAUCAGAGAGAGCCACCUCAAAUCCACUAAUAUCUGUAUUAGAGUGGGAAAAAAAAAGAUUGAGCUACUGAGCGUAUUAAUGAGUCGAGUCGAGAUAGGAGUUAAACUCGAACUGAGAUUAAGCCAAUUUUUUUAAAAAUGAGUUGAGUUCAAGGUCGACUCGUAUUUUAAUUAAUUGAACCGAGCUAUGCUAAACCUCUUUGCAACCGUAGUUGAAACUACAAAUAUAUAGCUCUGAAAUCCAUUUCCUAAUACUUACACACAAACACUAAUUAACAAGUACCCAUGGAUAGCAAUGCUCUAACCGAAUAAUAAUAAACCAAUCAAAGUGACUAGUACGAGGAUAUGCUGAAUAUCUCAUUUUCCCAGACAAGGACAAACAACUUUCAUAAAAAUGAUGUUGUCGGUGGGAGUGGGCAACGGUUUACACACACAAUCGGUUAGAUAUUCAGACCAAAUCGGAUUUUGGUUUCGAUCCUACAAAUUAUUUCACGUGCGGAAAAAAAAGAUUCGAAAUUGAAUUUGAAUCGAAUCGAACCAAAUAUAGAUACCAAACAAAUUUUUUUUAUCUGAUUCUGAUCCUCGAUUUUUGGUUCGUUCAUAUUUCAAUUCUAUUCAAUUAUGAACUCAAUCGACCGAUAUCCACCCUAGUCUGGUUGUUUCAAUAUGAUUGGACGGCUACUUUGAUAAAUUCAGUACACCUUCUGCAAAGUCGGAACCCCAAUUUCCCAAUUCCACUUCCGCUCCUGAUUGUUUCCCGGGAAAAAAAUCCCCCCCAAAACCAAUGGCUUCAGAAUCCGAAAUCGCCUUCGAUUUCCCCCGCCACUUCACGGUCUACAAGGACGGACGGAUCGAGAAACCCUGGACCCCGACCCAAUUCUUCGUCCCGCCGGGACUCGACCCGGCCACCGGAGUCGAAUCCAAAGACGUCGUCAUCUCCUCCGAAACCGCCGUCAAGGCCCGCCUCUUCCUCCCCCAAAUCGCCGCCGCCAAGCUCCCCCUCAUCAUCCACUACCACGGCGGAGCCUUCUGCCUCUACUCCCCUUUCGUCUCCCCAAUCAACACCUUCCUCUCCCAACUAUCCUCCGCCGCCGCCGCAAUCGUCCUCUCCGUCGACUACCGCCUCGCACCCGAGCACAAGCUCCCCGCCGCCUACGACGACUGCCUCGCCGCCCUCGAGUGGGCCGCACGCCGGCCCGACCCGUGGCUGGAAGCCCACGCGGAUCUGGGCCGGGUCGUGCUGUUGGGCGAGAGCGCCGGGGCGAAUCUGGCCCACUACGUGGCGGUCCAGGCCGGAGCAAAGGGAUUGGCCGGUGUGGGCCUGACCCGGAUGGUGCUGGUGCACCCGUAUUUCGGGAACGAGGUGCCCGACCCGUAUUACAGGUACAUGAGCCCCGGGAGCUGCGGGACGAAAGGGGAUCCGAGGUUUCAUCCCGGGUCGGAUCCGGAUCUUGGGAAGAUGGAGGUGAAGGAGGCGAUGGUGUGCGUGGCGGAGAAGGAUGAGCUGAGGGACAGAGGGGUGAGCUAUUUUGAGACGAUGAGGGACGGUGGGGGAUACGGCGGCGUUUUGGAGUGGUACGAGACGCGAGGGGAAGGGCAUUGCUUCCAUUUGUUUAAGCCGGGGAGCGGAGAGGCUGGGGUUCUGAUGGAGAGGAUCGUAGGGUUUGUGAAGCAGGGUCGAAACUUUGAAAGAAUGAUCAAUCGGGGGUUUGUGGGUGAAUAAUUGGACAAUUUGGGUAUCAAUCGGGGGGUUUGGCUUUGUUAAAUUGAGUCAUUUGCAGGUAUCAAAAUGACUUAUGUAAAUGACUCCUUAAUAUUAUUUGUAAUUCGAUGUAUUGUAUGUAUACAACAAACUUUUAUUCGAUAUUUUUAUUUGUGUUGAUUUGUGCUAUCUAUGAUUGAAAAAUUACCAUUGUAGCAUGUUCGAAAUUGGGUUAGACAGUAACAGCAAAAUCAGAGGACGGACAGAGUGGUCAUUUUGUUACGAAUUGAAAAUUCUAAGUAAUUGUUUUGAUGCAUGUGGAACUUAGGAAGUUUCUAUGAUGAUUUUGGUGAAUCCAUAUGGUAGUUUGAUGUUUGUUUAAGGUUAUAAAACCUCCGUUGAACCAACCGUCAAUAUUAGUUAGAGAUGCAUUUUUUUUUUUUAGAAAAUGGGGUGCAAAAGGUCACCCCUGCCUGGCACGUAAAUUAAAUGAUUUUGGGCAAUGCCCAUAGUGUCAUACAGAAUCCGGUAAGAAAGACCUGGGUCCGAAAUGCUAACAAUAUGGCUCCCUAUACUAACACUAUGCCCCUUAUUGGCGAGAAAAUUUGCGGUUUUGUUACCCUCCCUGAAAGUAUGAGAGAUUUGAACCUCCCAGUUUCUGUUGAUGAGAUCUUGAAAUUGUCUAGUGAUGGUGUAAUAUCUCUGUUGCUACUCCUCUCCUGUGGUAAGGAUCCUGAUGGCAGUUGAGGAAUCAAGUUGUAGUUGCACCUUCCUGUAGCCUUGUUCCCAUGCUAAUUUGAGACCAUGAACUGCCCCAACAAGCUCGACUCUUGUAAUAGUACAGACUCCCAAGCUAACAGUAAAGGCUCAUGUGCAUCUCCCUAGCUCGCCCCGGAUGAGGCCACCUGCCGCUGCUUUCCAACCCGGUUGUCGAACAGAGCCAUCCGUGUUAAUUCGAACCCAACCAGCUGGCGGGGGGUUCCAAAAUAUUUGCUCCCCCGCUUUGGUAGUGGAGACUGAAUGCACCCGCUUGUCAUUCUCUUGUGCUUGUUUUAUCGUUUCCGUCCAACUCCGAAUCCUCUGUUCCAGCGUCUGGUCAUCUAUCUUCUUCUUCUGGAAAAUUACUUCGUUACGACGUUUCCAUAUAUAUCAGGCUGCCACUCCAAACAUCAACCCGGAUUCAGCGUCCUUCUACCUUGAAGCCAGCCAAUCUACGAAACAAAAACCCACAGUAAGGGGGGUUUCUGUGAUAUUUAGUCGACUCCAUACCUGUUGUGAAUGCGGGCAAUGUCGAAGCAUAUGUUCCGUUGAUUCGGGUCCAAGUUUGCACAGCUCGUAGGUGUCAACAACCGUCAGUUUCCUACGCCGUCUUUCACAAUUCGUCAUAAGUCUUUCAUGGUCGCAAGCCACAAGAAAUGAUUUAUGCGGCUGGGUCCAUUCCACUUCCAUAUACUCUUCCAGUCGAGCUGUCUCCCCCUGUCAACAUCAUUCUUCUCCGCUUCACGAAGCCAUUCGCAGGCAGCUUGGUAGGCUGUCCGAAUUCGAAACUUUCCAUCUGCUUCUAUCCCCCACAUUGUAACAUCCUCGCCAAGGUAUGCUUGGGGUGGGUCGGUGCCUGCAAUUAAACAAACCAGGUGGUGAGGGAUAUGGGGAGAGAUGCAUUCUUCAAUAGUGCUGCAGUGUUCAUGUAUAUUUCAUGAAUCGUGAAUCGUCGUAGCAAUAACUGAAUUUCACAUGGGAUUUGUGUUAGUGCUGAGUGGAUGUUGUGCAAGCAACCAUUAGUCGUGGUUCAAGGAAGACCCUACACGCUUAUAUUUACACAUUGUUGAAUAGAAGGUUGAAGUAAAAAGUGGUACGUUAUUGUUGAUAUGACUCAGAUUAUCCAUCAUCAAUUGAAAGUUACGAAAAUCUUGCUAUCUAUGAAAAUAACUAACACACAUCGUAUUCCUGAACUUAUGUGUUGUUUAUUUUCUUACAUAAAAAUCAAUCAAUUUUGUGAGCAUAC